AUGACCACCGACAACGACAGAUUAGUCAAGCUGGAAAGAAUGGCAAUUCAUCCAAAGAGGCUUGCCUCAAUUUCGGAUUGUCUCCAUCAUCCACCACAAUCAAUUCAGUGUGCACAUGAAGCAGAAUUUUGUCUUGUCCUGAAGGAAUAUGAACCCAAUAGACAAGAUGACUCUGAUGCUAACCAGGAGAACAAGGAGAAUCAGGAGAAUAAUGAAAACCAGGAAAAUGCUGGGAAAUUAAUGUUUUUAGCAAGAACCUGUGUACAGGAAGAUUUAGGGACUUCGUGUAAUCCAGGAUUCAAGGGGAGCAGGGGUGUUACUGUGUGUAGGAAACAUUGCAGGUGAAAAGUAAAUAAAAUCAUUUAAAAAAAGAAAAUUUUG